CUAGUUGUUCUGACUAUUGUCAAAUUUGUACAUGUUUUGUUUGGUUAGUGCACUGGCCCUUUAAGAGAAAGGCAUGGUCUGUGUGCGGACAGGGGAAGUGUAAAGACUCAGACAAUCGACUGAUUAAUGUGAUCUAUGCUGUGAAAGGCUGAUAAAAAGGCAUUCCCUUUUCACACCUGCCAUAUAAAGCAAAGUCUAAACCCACUCUGGCGUCAGUGACUUUUGUGUGGAGGUGUUUAACUCCUGGAUAGUAGAAAGUGGUUCUACGAGGCCAGUACAGUGAAAAGGGACACACUACACGACGAUGAAGACUGCAUUGUUACACGCUGUAUCCAGACCAGCACGACAGACGCAGUGACACCAAGUCAGCAUAAAUGCACAUUCAAUCAGCUUAAAGAUGGAGAAAGAAGGAUAUGAAGUAAGAUCCACAACGUCAAAGAAAUCUAGCCACUCUUCCACUGCAAGCGUAAUGUUAGCCGCCACUACUGCCCGUGCUAAAGCUGAAGCUGCCCAAAAAAGAGCUGAGUUUGCAAAGAAGGAAGUUGAAUUUAAAAUAGAAAGAGCCAAAUUAGAUGCAAAGCUUGAUGUUCUAGCAAAAGAAAGUGAAGCUGAGGCCGCAGCCGCUGAAGCAGCUGUCUUGGAGUCUGCUGUUGCAAAUUUUGACAUGAGUGAUGAGCACCUGAGCUUACCAAAGGAGACACAGAGUUCUCAUGAGCGAACUACAGACUAUGUCAAUAUGCAUCAGGCACGCAGUGAUUCAGUCAAAUCAAAGGACGUCAAAAUAGAAAAAGGCGAGUAUGCAAAUCGACCUAAGCCACCGGACAUGUCACCGGAUGAACUGCCCUCAGCACCAAAGGACUAUGGCUCCCUCAGACCCCCUGAUCAAAGACAUUACUCACCUGAAAGGCAAGGACAACAGUUACGCUCUGUUAACUAUCAGCAGCACCUCAGCCAUGUCUCACCAGGGUUUACACCGCCCUCUGCUGGACGUUUUCAGUACUACCCUCCAGAUCCAAAUUCCUCUAGGGACUCUAAUGAGCUUGCCAAAUAUUUAAUGAGAGGUCAGUUGUUAACCUCUGAACUCACCAAGUUUGAUGACAAGCCGGAGAACUAUCUAUCUUGGAAGUCAUCUUUCAUCAACGCCAUUGACACUCUAGAGCUUAGGGCGUCUGAACAAAUCGACCUCCUUGUGAAAUCACUUGGCCCAGAAUCUACCAAGCAUGCACAUCGCAUUAAAGCUGUAAACAUAACAAACCCAGCUGUGGCAUUAGAGCUAAUCUGGGAGAGGCUAGAAGAAAUCUAUGGGUCGCCAGAAGCCAUUGAAAGUGCUCUUUUCACCAAACUUGAUCAAUUUCCUAAAAUAGGGCCCAGAGACAAUCAAAAACUAAGAGAGCUGAGUGAUCUGUUGCAGGAAAUAAAUGCAGCAAAACAAGAAGGGUACUUGCAUGGACUCUCCUAUCUCGAUACAGCGCGAGGUGUCGCUCCCAUUGUGGAUAAGCUGCCAUAUGGGAUACAAGACAAGUGGAUGAUGGAAGGCUCACACUACAAGCAGCGGCACAAGGUGACCUUCCCUCCAUUCACGUUCUUCUUACAGUUCAUACAGACACAAGCAAAGGCACGCAACGAUCCAAGCUUCAAUCUGCUGUCAACCUGCAACUCUGGAGUUAAAAGGGACAAGCUUGGAGAUGGUUACAGCAACAACCGCAGGUCAGUUUCAGUGCAUAAAACCAACGUUACGGCCAUAUCUGAGGAAGGACCGGACAAAUGUUGUCCUGUGCACAACAAACCUCACGCCUUACAACAGUGCAGAAGUUUCAGAGAAAAGCCAAUUCAGGAACGAAAGGCAAUAUUAAAGCAACACAACAUCUGUUUCAAGUGCUGCGCUUCUAACAAACAUGUAGCUCGCGACUGUCAAGCAGAAAUCAAAUGCUCUGAAUGUAACAGUGAUAAGCACCCAACAGCUCUGCAUUCAGAUGUUCCUCGCUUUCCCAAAGCUCUUCAGCCCCCAGCAAGUCACGGCGGGGAGAAACAAGAGCUACAGGAGACUGCAGUUGUUUCAAGUUGCACUGAGGUAUGUGGGGAAGGAUUUUCUGGGAAAUCUUGCUCAAAAAUAUGCCUGGUUAACGUUUAUCCUGCCAACGAUCCUAGUAAACGCCAGAGAAUGUAUGUCAUGCUAGAUGACCAGAGUAACGUUUCACUAGCAUGCUCUGAGUUUUUUGACAUGUUCGAGGUUAAUGGUAAGACAGAGCCAUACACCCUCCAGACAUGCAGUGGCAUAGGUCUCACUUCUGGCAGAAGAGCCUCUGGGUAUAUGAUAGAGGCAAUCGAUAGCUCCCUCGCUAUUCAGCUGCCCAUGUUAAUCGAGUGCAACAUGAUUCCCAACAAAAGAGAGGAAAUUCCCACUCCCUCCGCGGCUUACGCACACAGUCACCUCAAAGGCAUAGCACACAAAAUACCACCCUUGGACAGUGGUGCAGACAUUUUGCUGUUGCUUGGAAGAGACAUUUUGAGAGUUCAUAAAGUGCGCAGUCAGAUCAAUGGUCCGCACAAUGCACCAUACGCACAGAGGCUGGACUUAGGCUGGGUGAUAAUAGGAGAUGUGUGCUUAGGCAAUACUCAUAAGCCUUCCCAAGUCUCCACCUUUAAGACUCACGUUCUAUCGGAUGGAAGACCAACUCAUUUUUCCCCGUGCGAAAGCCACUUUACUGUCAAGCCAGACACCAGUCUUUUAAAUCGACACUUAGUACUUGGUGGUUCAAACAUAAAGGACAGAACACAAAACAGAACUAUAGGAAACAAUGUUUUCUGCCAGACCAAGGAUGACAAUAAGCUUGCACCCUCCAUGGCAGAUCUGCAGUUCCUGAAUAUCAUGGACAAUGAGUGUUUCCAGGAUGAGUCACAAAGCUGGGUGGCUCCAUUGCCGUUCCGCCAGCCCAGAGCAUUGCUGCCUAACAAUCGCCGCUACGCACUCAGUCGCCUCAAGUCACUUGAACGAACUCUAGACAAAAACCCAGAAAUGAAAGCUCACCUGAUAGACUUUAUGCAGAAAAUGUUGGACAAUGGGCACGCGGAGCUCGCACCCCCAUUACAAGGGAACAAAGAGUGUUGGUACCUGCCCUAUUUCGGAGUAUACCAUCCUCAAAAGCCGUCACAAAUCCGAGUGGUAUUUGACUCCAGCGCGCAGUUUGAAGGUAUGUCGCUCAACACAGUGCUGUUAUCAGGACCCAAUCUGAACAACAGUCUAUUAGGCGUGCUAGUGAGAUUCAGGAAACAUCCAGUUGCAGUAACCGCAGAUAUCCAGCAGAUGUUCUAUUGCUUCCUGGUGCGCGAGGACUGCAGGGAUGUACUGAGGUUUGUCUGGCACAAAGACAAUGAUCCACAGAAAGAGCUCGUGGAUUACAGGAUGUGCGUGCAUGUAUUUGGAAACAGCCCCUCGCCUGCUGUAGCCACAUAUGGUUUGAGGAGGGCUGCGCAAAAAGGAGAAGCCAAAUACGGGUCAGAUGUUCGCCAUUUCAUUGAGCGUGAUUUUUAUGUUGAUGAUGCUUUAAAGUCUGUUCCCACCAAACAUGAUGCUAUCGACCUCCUGAAACGGACACAAGACAUGCUAGCAGACUCAAACCUUCGCCUCUUAAAAAUAGCAUCAAAUAAGGUUGAAGUGAUGGACGCAUUCUCACCUCAAGACCGAGCCAAGGAUCUCCAAAAUCUGGACCUGUUCAAGGAUGAACUCCCAGAUCAGCGCAGUCUUGGAGUAAAGUGGAAUAUAAUGGAGGACUAUUUCACUUUUCACAUUCCUCACGCUGAAAAGCCAUACACACGAAGAGGAGUCCUUUCAACUGUGAACAGUGUGUUUGACCCGCUCGGGUUUUUGGCCCCAGACACCGUUCGAGGACGUCUGCUUCUAAGAGAGUUGUCGCUACAGACAACAGAGUGGGACUCACCUCUCCCAGAGGAUCUGAAAGAUGCGUCCAUGAAGGCAAUAUGUGCAGUUUCAUACCUCAAGGUCACCACUGGGGAUGGCAAGACAGAGGUUGGGUUUGCCCUAGAGAGUCAACUACUCCAGAGCAAUGGCAUUUCGUUACGACCGACCAGAAUCCUGCUGACCACGGCUCACGAUCAGUUCCAGCUGCUGAGUUAG